AUGGACAGGACCAGAUUAGAUUUAAGGUUUCAUCACUCUGGAUCAGCACAGUCUGAGGAGUCUGCUUUAGACUUGGAAAGAAAUUACUGCAGUCAUCAUCCUAUUCUUCCUUCAUCAAGUCCAUUGGCCCUCCAGCCUUUUGCAUCUAGUGGUCAGCUCUCUGAGAGCAAUGCCGCCUACUUCUCGUGGCCCACUUUGAGUCGGUUAAAUGAUGCAGCAGAAGAUAGAGCAAACUAUUUUGGAAAUCUUCAGAAGGAUGUUCUCCCUGAAACUUUGGGCCGGUUGCCAUCAGGGCAGCAGGCUACAACCUUACUUGAGCUGAUGACCAUUAGGGCAUUCCAUAGCAAGAUCUUGCGCCGGUUUAGUCUUGGGACUGCAAUUGGGUUUCGGAUUCGAAAAGGCAUCUUAACAGACAUUCCGGCCAUUCUUGUCUUUGUUGCCCGUAAAGCUCACAGGCAAUGGCUAAGCCAUGUGCAGUGUCUACCUGCUGCCCUUGAGGGGCCAGGAGGUGUAUGGUGUGAUGUGGAUGUUGUAGAAUUUUCCUAUUAUGGUUCCCCGGCUCCAACUCCAAAAGAACAGCUGUAUACAGAGCUCGCAGAUGGCUUGCGGGGAAGUGAUCCAUGCAUUGGUUCUGGUUCCCAGGUUGCUAGCCAGGAGACUUAUGGAACUCUGGGUGCUAUUGUUAAAAGCCGAACAGGAAAUCAACAGGUUGGUUUUCUCACAAAUCGGCAUGUGGCAGUUGAUUUGGACUAUCCAAACCAGAAAAUGUUCCAUCCUUUGCCACCAAGCCUUGGACCUGGGGUGUAUCUUGGCGCUGUGGAGAGGGCGACAUCUUUUAUCACAGAUGAUCUUUGGUAUGGCAUAUUUGCUGGAACAAACCCAGAAACAUUUGUGCGAGCUGAUGGUGCCUUUAUUCCUUUUGCCGAAGAUUUCAACAUGAACAAUGUAAUUACGACUGUAAGAGGUGUAGGUGAGAUUGGUGAUGUCAACAUCAUAGACUUGCAGUCACCAAUCGACAGUCUUAUUGGAAGGCAAGUGAUGAAAGUUGGGAGAAGUUCAGGCUUGACUACUGGAACCGUCAUGGCGUAUGCUCUAGAAUACAAUGAUGAAAAAGGGAUUUGUUUCUUUACUGAUUUUCUUGUUGUUGGUGAGAAUCGGCAGAGUUUUGAUCUUGAAGGUGAUAGUGGAAGUCUCAUUCUAUUGACUGGUCAGAAUGGGGAGAAGCCACGACCUGUUGGGAUCAUUUGGGGUGGAACAGCUAACCGUGGUCGCUUGAAACUAAAAAUUGGCCAGCCACCUGAAAAUUGGACUAGUGGAGUUGAUCUUGGGCGCCUUCUUGACCUCCUUGAACUUGAUCUUAUAACAACCAAUGAAAGGUUUCAAGCUGCAAUCCAAGAGCAACGAAAUGCUUCAGCUGCAGGGAUUGGUUCCACAGUGGAGUCAUCCACAGCCGUCCGGGCUCCAUCCAAAGAUAAGCUAGAAGAUUACUUCGGACAUCUGGGUUUCAAUCUUCAGAAAAUUCCUUUUGAAGGUGAGUCCUGUCAGGGACUGAGUCGGCCGUUCAUUCAUGGUGACUUUCACAUAGAAAAUGGUGUUAAAACUUCUCCGAAUGUAGAACACCAAUUCAUUCCAAGGUCUACCUGCAGAUCUCCAGUAAAUCAAAGCAAUCGAGAGGAAAACCCACUAUCAAAAAACCUUUUGGCAUUGCGGAAUGGCUCUGAUGAAGAGAUUUCUGUUUCGUUGCAGUUAGGUGAGCCAGAACCAAAGAGAAGAAAAAACUGCAACGCUCUCUUUAGCACUAAAGGACCCAAAUGA